GACACGGUGACGUUUUAUUGUAAGCGCCCACCGUUCAUUUGAAGAAAUAAAGCGCUCUUGUCACUCGUGCUGAAGCCUGUUCGCUUAAGCCCAGUUCUCAGAUCGCACACUGACUCGAUAUUUAGCGUGAUAUGCGUUUACCAAAAAUCGUUUUUGACUCUUGGAUAUGGCUAUGAUCAUUCAUAACGAUCUCAUACGGGUAUGUUGGUAAUUUCUCUCUCUAUGGCUUAUCGUACACUGUUUAGACAUUAUUAUUAUUAGCAUGCAGUUGCAUAUUUUAUAACCCAAUGCUCGCGAAAUAUAGUAUAAAACCCGUAUUAUUUUAUGUUCGUCUAUUCACACGGCUAGUGAAAUGAAGUUGAGUUGUGAGACGCGAGAUAAAGUCGCCGUCACUGUCGUUUCGCUCCAUCAAUGACACUAUAUGCGAUCUGUACGGUGUAAUCAAAAUUAUGCCAAAUCUGCCAUGUGCAGUCUUGUAUGGGAUAUUUUAUUAUUGCGAACGAUCUCCGUCCAGCGUUUUUUAAAAUAUGUUUUGCGUUUUCGAUCAUUCUUAAGGACUGGAGAAAACUCGCGAGUUAAUCAUGUUGGACACAACAUCAUAACGCUCGAGAAUUGUUCAUCAAUAACGAGUGCGCUGCGAGACCAGAGCCGAAGAAUUCGCGUGGCGCCUCAGAUAUGAAUGAUGAUGGAGGCGGAUAACGCUGAGAGCUGGUUUCCUCUGUCAGAAAACGGAAGCACAAGUUUAAACGCAUCUAACCUGGGGUUCCUAAACGCGUCGUCUCCGGUGGGUCUGUGGGGUGAUGCUCAGGAUAAAGAGGUGACACAACUGAAGGAGAUCCUGCACGCGCAGGAAAGAGCCUACAAAGAUUUCACUACCACCAUUCAAGUUUUCAUCCUCAUCGGCUCCCUUUUGAGCAAUGCUGCAGUGCUGUGGUGUACUUGUUACACCAAUGUCUUCAAAUCUGUCACAAAUCUCUUCAUCAAGAACCUGGCAUGUUCUGGUAUUUGUGCUGGGUUGGUGUGUGUGCCCUUUGACAUAGCCUUGAGCGCCAGUCCCCUAUGCUGCCUAUGGGUCCAUACACUCCUGCUGUGCAAAGCCAUCAAGUUUCUACACAGGCUUUUCUGCUCGGCCACUGUGCUCAGUUUUGCUGUCAUCGCCCUGGAUAGGUACUACUCAGCGUUGUAUCCUCUGGAGAGAAAGAUAUCAGAUGCCAAAUCCAGAGACCUGGUUAUCUACAUCUGGGUACAUGCGGUUGUGGCCAGCGCCCCUGUUUUUGCCAUAAGCAAUGUGACGGAUGUCUACGCCACCUCUUCCUGUUCUGACGGCCAAUCACUUGGACAUCUGGUUUACAUGAUCACAUACAGUAUCACUACACUCAUUUUGCCACUAGCAGUGGUGUUUCUAGCCAUGGCACUAAUCCGCCGCGCACUAAGCACCAGCCAGAAGAAGAAAGUGAUCAUUGCAGCACUGCGCACCCCACAGAACGGCAUUUCCAUCCCGUAUGUGUCUCAGCGCGAGGCUGAACUUCAUUCCACUCUGUUAUCCAUUGUACUAGUCUUUGCACUGUGCAGCACUCCCUAUGCUGCUCUGGUCAUAUACCGUUCAGUGCUUGGAGCUGCAAAAGCCUCGUCUUGGUUACAACUGACUGCCGUGUGGCUGCCAAAGGUCUCUCUUCUGACCAACCCACUGUUUCUUCUCACAGUAAACCGCUCUGUACGGCGUUGCCUUCUUGAUAUGCUAGUACGCUUGCAUCGGCGCUAUAGCCGAAGAAACAUGGUCAGCAUUGGGGGUCUGGCUGAAGUAGGGCCACUAGAGGGCGAUACUGGGCUUCGCUCUGGUAGUCAACUCCUGGAGAUGUUCAAUAUCGGCCAACAACAGAUCUUCAGACCAAAUGAGGACGAAGAAGAUGAGAAUGAAAUUUCCUCUGUGGCCUCUGCCAACAUUCAACCCAAAGAUGAAGGACAGGGUGGAAAUGGAGGGGUGGCAAGAGAGCUGCAUCAGCCGCAGUCAGGGGACGUGAAAAAAGAAGAGGGCUUAGUGUUACCAAAACAUUCUCCUAUUCAGUCAUGUGCCUAUUCCUCUUCACAGGUCGCUCCGGUGACUCCCACAGACCCUGAGGAUACAACACAGUUUGGUUUUGGGCCAUUUGAGUUGCCUCCACAGUGGCUGCCUGAAACCAGGAACAGUAAGAAAAGACUCCUUCCUCCGCUGGGUAACACACCAGAGGAGCUGAUCCAGACCAAGCAGCCCAAAGUUCGGCCCGAGAGACGCAUCAGUAGAAACAAUAAAGUUAGUACCUUCCCCAAUGUAGAUCCAUGAAAAAGAGUGCAGUGGCCCAAAUCAUAAAAAGCCAAAAAUAUUGUGUUUUAUAUCUAAAGUUAUUUUGAGAUGAUCUUCUAUGUGAGUGCAGAACAAUGAAUGACAUGGAGAGUAUUUGUUUACAGUAGAAAGUAGGAGGAGUUUACAUGCUCUCAUGCUUUCUAUUUGGACAAGUUAUUAGAUAUCCCUUCAUGUACUGACAACAGGAAAUUUAUCUUUCAGAGGAAAUUCAAGAAAAAACAUAAGGUAGGCAUGGACUGUAUGACAUUUGUUUUGUUGGAAUGGUCAAUAAAAUUACAAUCACAAUCAAUUGUAUGUAGAUACGUUUGCUGUGUUGAAUUUGACUUAUGUGCCCUGCUUAACUUUUAUUUAGCAUAAUCUAUUUCACAUAGCUUGAACAGCUAGUUAACAACUAAUGUAUUGCACUCAAAAUUAAAAUAUUAUUAAUUAUAAAUGAAUUUUCAUGUA